AUGGACAACGGUCUCAUGCAAAGUAGUUCCACUUCAGGUGUUUCAAACAAGUUAUCUAUCUCGCUUGACUUCGGUAGCACCAGCACCUCUGCGGACACCAGUGGCAACCAAUGGUCGCCUGUCGUCUCACCAAAGUCAGCAUUGACCUUUGCAGCGGUAUGGGACCCAGAUGACGGGAUGGUGACAUUUUCCGGAACACACCUGCUCGAUUCAAGCGACGAAUACGACAGUUCCUCAGGAGCUAUUACUCCUCCUGACGUUUCGGACGAUGAUUUUUCUCAAACUGUCCCAGCCGACCACGACGGAUAUACUACAUCAGAAGAGAAUACUGCAGCUACUAUUGGAACAUUCCAAGAUUCGUUCAAAGCCUUCCUCCAUCGUGUUCCGCGUUCAAAGUUUUGCAAGCGACAUAAACACUCCAAUACGGUGACAUCCUCAACGUUGGACGGACUAGACGUAUACUCGCGAGACCCUAUUGUACGGCCAUCACGCCGGUACCCAUCUUUUGAUAAGCUCAACGCGGAACUCUCGUGCAAGGCGCAGGUUGACCACUCAUUGGAGUCAGAUCUUGUGUCAGAUGAGGGUUUCUUCGAAAAUAUACCAGUCAUUACAAAACAAACAGAAUUGAAAUCACACUGGUCCGUUACGACUACCUCGACGUCUGCCUAUGUCGAUGUCCCACGUGUGGAACAAAAGACCCCUGGGAGUCGUGUACCACAUCCACUAUGGAUAGCGGACACAUACCAGCCAACUUUUAACCUCGCCACUCCCCCAAAUAGUCCGCGCCGACGUCUGAGAAAACGCCGCCCUGGUGACUGUCCAACUCCAGUUUCUCCGAUUUCAUAUAGCAGCAGUUCAGGUUCGACAAGUCCAAUUUCCACUAGUACUUCCUCCACCCCGACAUCGCCUUCACGUAGCCUCAAGUCCAAAAAAUCUCGUCGUUUUACAAAAGCGCCAACUGACGACAGCUAG